AUGUCCAGUCUCUCUAGUUUAUCCAGCCUUUCGUCUCUGUCGGAUGAAGAAAUAAAUAUUAGAAAUAUACCGGACAGAAAAGACUUCUGGAACGAUUUAGAAGAAAAUGAAUUUAGAUCGAGAUUCAAGUUCAAUAAACCACGUAUUCUUCACAUUUUAAGUAAAAUAGGACACCUUAUUGAACCUGAUACUAGGCGUUCCAAAGCAAUAGAUGCUAGAACACAGGUACUUAUCGCCUUAAGGUUUUAUGCAACAGGCUCUUUCCAAGCAGUUCUUGGAGAUUUGGUGGGCUGUGAUAAGGCAACAGUGUGCCGAAUUCUACAAAGAGUUACUAAAGCAAUUGCUAGCUUAGCUCCUGGAGAAAUAAUGAUGCCAAACGGACAAGAAUGUCACCAAGUAGCACAAGAAUUUCAUGAAAUUGCCGGUUUCCCAAGGGUGUUGGGGAUUAUAGAUUGUACUCAUGUGAAAAUUAAUUCACCAGGCGGACGUUUAGCAGAAAGUUUCAGAUGCCAAAAAGGUUAUUUUUCAAUAAACGUCCAAAUUGUAUCUGACUCUAGAUUAAAAAUAAGGAAUAUAAUUGUACGUUGGCCAGGAUCCGUCCAUGACAGCACGAUUUUUAAUAAUUCACCAUUAUGUGCUCAGUUAGAAAGUGGUAGAUAUGGAAACUUUUAUCUUCUUGGUAAUAGUGGAUAUUUUUGCAAGAGAUUUCUACUAACUCCAUUCCUGAGUCCUUCCACCACUGCAGAGGAAAAUUUCAAUAAAAGCCACGUAAAAACCAGAAAUACUGUCAAGAGAUGCAUAGGAGUAUGGAAGCGUAGAUUUCCUUGCAUACAAAAAGGUAUCACUUUAAAAAAAAUGGACACAAUACUAAAUGUUAUUAUGGCUACUGCAGUUCUUCACAAUAUGGCAAUUGAAUUCGAAGAAGAAUUCCUUGACAUCGACUUGGAUGAUGAUGAACUUGUUAAUAUGGUACCUCACGGACCUCAAAAUUUUUCAGAGAGGACAGCUUUGGUCAAGAGCAUUUUCUAAUUCAUAAUCUUUUGUUAAUGAAAUGAUGGCUUCUGGCGUUGGAAGUAAUUUGUAUGUAGUUAAUGACCCAUCUAGAUGUUGAUGAAGAGGGUAUCAAUAGUUCAUCGAACCACCUCAUUCCUCAUUACAAGUCAGGAAUUAUUAUGAUAGUG